AUGGAGAAGAACAUCAGUUUGAAACAAAGUUUACCCAAGUUGCUUUGCUUGAAGAAGUCGCCGGUCCUCAUCAACACGAGGGAAACUAGGAACGUAAAUUCGUUGAAAACCCUCGACGUCGACACGCUGCGAAAGGACAAUUGCGAUAAUUACGUGAUCAAAGGCGGCUCGUUCUACGCAGGUUCGGAUAACGAGCGAAUAAACGGGAUAGAUAACGGGAAAAAGAACAGGAACAGCGUACAUCAGAACGUCGAGGAGGCUCUGAAUUCCCUGUUGUGGCAACCGUACGAGUAUCAAGUCACCAGGCAUUCGCAUUCGACGUCGCCUUUCAGCUCGUACUGCGCCAGCCCGUCCUCAUCGUACGACGACCUUGACGAAAUCACAAAGACCGACGCGAGCCCGAGCACCUCCUGCUCCUGUCGCAGCCUCGCCGACCCGCAUCCUCCGCCUUCGACCACUUGGUUAUACGACCAAAUGGUUAUUAACCCGCUCGCGCUCGCCGCCCAAUCCCCGCCCGGCUCGCCCUCACGUGACCCGACCUUCGACGAACGCCAGCCGAGCGACGGAGCCACAGCCGCCUCGCGCACCUCCGGCUCGAGCACCGCGACCAGUCGCAGUCGCAGCGCCGGAGCGAUCGAUUCGCCCGCCCGUCCGAGUUAUGUCGACGCGCUCGAGUACCGCGACAUGAGUAGUACCGCCGCCUCCUCGCAGCAACCGCCUCCCGACGACAACGAUAGCAACGUCAGUACCGGAGCGUCGUUGUUCCAAAGCAACUUGAGUUCGGCGAACGUCGUGGGUUUGCCCAAUCACGUUCGGUACUCGUCGGUACCCGUGCAAGCGAGACCGUCCGGCCAUAAUGUCGUACCGAAGCAUUCGAGGAACGUAUCCGAACCCAGCGAGCACUUUUCGAGACCCGCCAACAACAACAACAACAACGUAGUACCGGUGAAUGUUGUUAACAACCGGUGCCAAUCGGUACCGAUCGUACGGGAAUGCAACGCCACCGCCACGACCACCACCAGCACGUUGGUGAACAGUUCCAGGUGCGGUACCGCCGGCGACGCCAGUUUCUACAGGGCCGUACCCGUCAACGUGAUCUCCUCGGUACCGACGAUACAUUGCCUGAACAGCCUGCAGGGCAACGAGGUGUCCAACGUGCAGGUACUACCGUUGGGGAAUCCGACGGCCGGUACCGCCGCCGCCACGCACCAAGUGGUGCUGCACAACAACGACGUGACGACGUCGAUUACGAAUUUCUUCGCGACGCCUUGUACCGUCAGUACGACGUCGAUCGGUGGCGGUACCAAUAGUCGGACGGUACCGACGAUUAGCAAAUCGAACGUGCAAAUCGGUCCGGCGAAAUCGACGAGAACGUUUACGAGUACCGAAGCGCAAACCGACGACGUACCGAUCCUGCAGGCGUCGAACGAACCCGACAGGGAGCAACGGCGACGAGAGCGGAGAGAGAGGCGGCAACAGCGCCGCCUCCACAACAACAACAACAACAGCAACCGUCAAUCGGUGGAUUCCAGCACGCAGAUCGGCGCCGGUCACAAUGACCGGCUGCCGGACAUAUUGAACAGCCACCUGCCGCCGCCGUACGCGACGUCGUCGACGCUGGUGCCGCCGCGAGUGUUGCCGCCGCCGCCGCCGCCGGUGGGGGUGGGGGCGGCGGUGCCGCAGGGCGCCGUCCUGCAGACGGUCGUGCCGAACGGGGUGGUGUCUAACAGUGGGUUCGUGUUUCAAGGGCCGCCGCCCGUCGUGCAAGGGGCCGCCCCCGUCGCCGUUCCCGUACCGCCGCCCGUCGGAUUUAGGUUCCCGUUUCCCGGCAACGGAUUCAGGAGGGCUCGAUUCUCGGAUGACCCCCCGAAAGGGUGCUGCGGCAUCCUGACGUGGAAACCCGGCUCUCUGAGAUGGUUCAUAGCUUUAAUAGCCCUCGUGGCCGUUUGCUGCGUGUUGGUGGGCACCGCUUUGGGCGCCAUGAGGCCCUCCGGAAGGGAUCAUUUGACUGUGUCGCUCCUGAUGAUCGGCGUCGGUAUCGUCCUGGUGACGGUGAGCGGCGUCGCCUGGCGUCUGACGUCGCACGAUUCCUCCACGUGUCGAUCGAUGUUGGGCCUCGGCAGUACCGAAUCGGUGGAGGUGUGCGCGCGCCGCUUCGUGCCCCGCCUGCCGCCCGCCUACGGCCGCCCCCACCAUCCCUACGCCGCCAUGAUGUACCCGGAGUUCCAGUACAGGCCGCCGCCGCCCAGCUACCAGGCCUCCAUGCAGGAGUACCGCCUGCGGUUGUUGCUGCUCGAGCGCGGCAACACGCCCCAGAUCCAGGGCGGCCUCCAGAACGCCGUCUCGCCGCCCCCGACCUAUCGCAGCCACUCCGGCAGCCUUCUCAGGGUGCCGAUGUCGUGUAGACGGGAGGCGGCGCAAUCGGAGUACAGCUGCCCGCCGUCGUACCGGUCCCAAAGCACCCGACCGGGCACCGUGCAAUCGAAUUCGGCGUUGCACAGCCGAGAGCAAUCGCUCAGCCUCUCCGAAUCGAAUCACGGCGAAUCGAUGGUGAACGUCGUCAACAUCCUCACCGGAGGCGGCGUCGGCGGCGGCGUCGGCGGCGACGACCUGGCCUUGGACAACAUCACGUUGGAUUCGCUCAAGAUGGAGCCCGAGCACGAGCACGAGCUGCACCACCACCAUCGGCCGGUGAAGGUGCUGUUGAAGGGCGGCGGCGGCGGCGCGGGCGGCGAUUUCGCCGACGGCGGCGGCAAAGAGGGGAAUCUCGUUACUAUAGUACAAACCGGCGAUCGGAGUCCCGUGAUCGUGACUGUGAGCGGUCAUUCGCAAAUCGAUUCGAAUAGUACCGUGCAAAUUACGGAGGUACCGACCGAGAUCGAGAUACUGGCGCAUUUGUAA